CUUCCGAGCGGGGUCACGGCCCGGCGCGCGGGGUCUCGCGGGGUCUCGCGGGGUGCGGGCAGCCCGGGCCCAGCGCCAUGUCCCCGAACCUGCGCACGGCGCUCAUCUUCGGCGGCUUCAUCUCCCUGCUGGGCGCCGCCUUCUACCCCAUCUACUUCCGGCCCCUGCUGCUGCCGGAGGAGUACCAGAAAGAGCAAGCUGUAAAUCGAGCUGGGAUUAUUCAGGAAGAUGUGCAGCCACCAGGGUUAAAAGUGUGGUCUGAUCCAUUUGGCAGGAAAUGAGAAGGCUAUCACCACCUCGAUUAUGAAAGACAUCUUCAUGCUUUCCAUUCUGCCGCAAGUACAAUAAAUUGCCUCACGGUAGAAGGAUGGCUGGAGAAGAAAACUCCAUAAAGCUGAAAAUAAGAGUACUGUGCACAAGGACUAAUAUUUCCCUUCUUAAGUAUCAAAAGAGCCCUGGAGCAAAUCACACCAUUAGGGAGGUUUUCAUGAUUUGCUUUACUUUCUAAAAAUGAAGCUCUCUCACCCAGCUGUGUUUGGAGGAGAUCUACUUAUUAUUCAGUCUCUACCGCUUUCCCAACCAAGCUGUGAUGUGAAUGCAAGCAGCCAGUGGACUUGGGAAGAUCCUAGUCUGUCUUGCCAUCCUCCAAAUAGGAAAUUUCAGUAAAAAGCCACCGUGCUGAGCAGCCUCACAGGGCUCUUUGGAAACAUUAAGGUUGAUAAAAUUCUUUGGGGACAAGGUACAUUGUACUCUUUAAGAAUAAGCAGCUCAGCGUAGCCGUCUCAUCGAAGGUUGCUGCAUGUUGGAAAACAAAUGCGAAGUGAGUUAAACUAAAUGGCCGUGCAUGCAUAACAGAAAUCAGUGUCGAAUUAACAGGAGUGAAAAUACGUUUAUUAAAAUGAUCUGUUUUUAAUUCAGAA